AUGGUAGUGCAUUGCGGCAGGCAUUUCAUCCUCACCUUGACCAUAACACAGGAGCCAACAGAGGAUAAGGAUGAGGAUAACGAGUCAGACGAUAAGUCUGGCAGUGAAUCAUCAUUGCCGUCAGCCACCAAGCCUAGCUGUCCAUCUAGCUCAGUAGGAGCUCAGGCUGGAUUCACUGUCCUCUCAUUAGUCUAUUCAUUUUGUGCAUCAGAUUUCAAUCCAAGUUUGAGAAUUUUUGAUAUUGAUGGCCAUGAGAAAACCAUGAAGAAAGCAAUAAAUGUGAUCAAUAAAUAUCAUGAUCCUAUUAUUGAAAAGAGAGUGCAACAAUGGAGGAGCAAUGGUGGUGUUAAUGGUGAGCCAGAGGACAUUCUUGAUGUGUUCAUCUCUCUCAAAGAUGAUGAAGGGAAGCCUCUCUUAACGAUUGAAGAAAUCAAGGCUCAAUCUGCUGAGCUCAUCUUUGAAGUGGUGGACAACCCAUCAAACACAGUGGAAUGGGCAAUGGCCGAGAUGCUCAACCAGCCAGACAUUCUCCAGAAAGCCAUCGAUGAGCUCGACCGUGUCAUCGGCCCUCACCGCCUUGUCAAAGAGUCUGACUUCCCCAACCUCCCCUACAUGAGGGCAUGUGCCCGUGAAGCUCUUCGUCUCCACCCCAUUUCCCCCUUCAACCUCCCCCACGUCUCCUCCAUCGACAGCACCGUCGCAGGCUUCUUCAUCCCCAAGGGCAGCCAAGUCCUAGUAAGCCGCGUCGGACUUAGCCGGAACCCUAAAGUUUGGGAAGAUCCGAUGAGGUUCAACCCUGACCGGCACCUUAAUGAGAAAAAUGUGGAUUUGGCUGAGCCGGAGCUCCGGUUCAUAUCGUUCUCCAUCGGCCGGAGAGGGUGUAUGGGGGGACAGUUGGGGACCGCAAUGACGUACAUGUUGUUGGCUAGGGUUUUGCAUUCGUUUACGUGGAGCUUGCCGGCCGGUGAAGAUUCUGUGAAUCUCUCAGAGGAGGAAAGUAGUCUCUUUAUUGCUAAACCUUUGCAUGCACUUGCUAAGCCAAGGUUGGCUUUUUUAGAGCAUUUAUAAGUUAUUACGUACGUCUAUAAGCAUGCUUCAUGA